ACUUUGCAAUGCAAUUUGAACUUUCUCAAAUAGAUUGGAUGAUUUGGAUAAUAAUUUUUCUACUUUCUCUUGCUUAUCUUUGGCUAUGGAAAAGCAAGAAGAAGGCAAAGAAAUUACCACCUGGUCCAAAAGGGUUACCAAUUUUGGGAAGUCUUCACAUGUUGGGUGCAAAUCCUCAUCGUGAUCUUCACCAACUUGCCCAAAAACAUGGACCUGUCAUGUACCUGCGCUUAGGUUUUGUGCCCACCAUAGUUGUUUCUACACCCCAAGCUGCUGAACUGUUCCUCAAAACCCAUGACCAUGUCUUUGCAAGUAGACCACCUCAUGAGGCUGCAAAGUACAUUUCUUGGGAGCAAAGGAGCUUGAGCUUUAGUGAAUAUGGUUCUUAUUGGCGCAACAUGCGUAAGAUGUGCACGUUGGAAUUGUUAAGUCAAACAAAAAUUAACACCUUCAGAUGCAUGAGGGAAGAGGAGCUUGACCUGUUGAUAAAGAUUCUAAGAGAAGAUGCAAAUGAUGGAGCUGCUGUAGAUGUCAGUGCCAAGGUUGCAACAUUCAGUGCUGAUAUAGCUUGUAGAAUGAUUUUAGGAAAGAAGUACAUGGACAAGGAGUUCGAUGAGAAAGGGUUCAAGGGUGUGAUGCAAGAAGGAAUGCAUUUAGCGGCAACUCCUAACAUAGGAGAUUACAUUCCUUACAUUGGUGCACUUGACCUUCAAGGGCUAACAAAGCGCAUGAAAGCAGUUCGAAAAAUCUUUGACAACUUCUUUGACAAAAUUAUUGUUGAGCAUAUGCAAUCAGAUAAGGGAGGACAAGACAAAAUCAAGGAUUUUGUGGAUGUCAUGUUGGGCUUUGUUGGUACUGAAGAAUCUGAAUACCGUGUUGAACGCCCCAAUAUCAAAGCCGUUUUACUGGAUAUGCUGGCGGGUUCAAUGGAUACUUCUGCUACGGCAAUUGAAUGGACACUAUCCGAGCUCAUAAAGAAUCCAAGGGUGAUGAAGAAAGUGCAAAUGGAGUUGGAAAGAGUGGUGGGUAUGAAGAGGAAGGUGGAGGAAUCAGACUUAGAGAAGUUGGAGUAUUUGAACAUGGUUAUAAAGGAAAGUAUGAGGAUCCAUCCGGUGGCACCAUUAUUGAUACCACGCCAAUCAAUGGAAGAUUGCAUGGUUGGAGAAUUCUUCAUACCUAAGAAAUCAAGGGUAAUAAUAAAUGCAUGGGCAAUUAUGAGAGAGCCAAGUGCAUGGAGCGAGGCAGAGAAGUUUUGGCCAGAGAGAUUUGAGGGAAGUAACAAUGAUGUUAGAGGGCAUGACUUUCAGUUGAUACCAUUUGGGUCUGGAAGAAGAGGGUGUCCUGGGUUGCAAUUGGGUCUAACUGUGGUUCGUUUGGUAGUGGCCCAACUUGUUCAUUGUUUUCAUUGGAAGCUACCACACGGCAUGCUGCCAAAUGAUUUGGACAUGACUGAACAUUUUGGUCUCGCAAUGCCCAGAGCCAAUCAUUUAGUUGCUGUUCCAACCUAUCGCCUUCACGAUGAAAUGGAUUAGGAGAAAAUAAAUAAGUGAUAAUAACUUUGUGUGUACUCUGUGCUUAAAUAAGUUAUAAUAAUUAGGUUGAUUUUAAUAAGAUUUAUGUCAAAUAAAUUAACCUGUCCGUUGUGCACCUGAACCAGUUGACACGAGAGAGAGUCAAAGAGAGGAACUAGAUAAGCAUUUUGUAAGUUUAAAUGAAUAUUUACAUAAAAAAGAACUAAAUAAUUCAUAUACAUGUAUUUGUUUACAAUACAGUUAAUUUCAAAAUAUAGUCAAGUUUUCAAUAUAAAGUUUUUGCCAUGUCAGUUACUCAAGUAGAUAUUAAGUAAAGUCGAAUAAAGUUUUAUCAGAAUUUUUAAAAUAAAAAUUAGCAAGCAUGUAUCACACACCAGUUAAAGACUCUCCUUCAAUAAAAAAUUAAGCAUCUUAUGUUCCUUUUCUUUUUAGUUCAAUUGCCGAGAUUAAUUUGGAAAACGAAGCAACGAAAUUUAGCUUGGCAGAAAGGCAGCUAUGUGUCUCCAAUUGAUUAAAGUUUCUCACAUGUCUUUCCUAUUCCAAGUUAGCUUUGACAACUCAUUGUGUAUGUUUCUCAAACUUAAGCUAAAAUUGCAUGUUAAUUGAUACCUUUAUGGCUUACACUUAAUCUUGGCCACAAAUUCUGGCUGUGGGUUGAAAAGGACCAUUAAUUGAUAUAUAGUAAUUUAAGGAAUAGUAGAAACUAAGUUGUAGCUAAUGGUUUCAUCUUUCGCUUGUGACUAUUGGCCGAGAAUAACGAGUCUUUGGGUGGGUUCUAAUUUAUCUUGUUCUCUUCGAUCUCAUUUAGUGAAGUAUUAAUCAAAAUACUCUAUUAAAAUUAAAUUAAUUAAAAAUUAGAUAAUUACGUUAAUAUGAAUAAGAAAUAUAGAAUUGAGUGUUACAAUUUUAUAAACUUAAUUAACCAAUUUUAACGACUUAUGUUUCAAGUCUUUCUGAAAUCUUUCACAAGGUAUUACUGAUAACCAUUAAAAAGAUACAUUUUGAGUUUACAUAAUUUUAAUGUUUCACGAGAAAAUAUUAUUAAAGAAAUACUAGAGAAUAAAUUUUCAGUACAUAUUAGCCUUGAUACUAGCUACUUUCUAUUUUUUUAUAAGAAAAAACAAAGAGUAUUAUUUAUUCUAAUUUAAAAAGUAUAUAUCUUUUUAAGUUAUAUUCGGUGCGAUUCUUUUACAUUCUCGAUUUAUUGUAAAAUUUAAUUUAAUAAUGCACUUAUUCAUUUAAUAUACAAGCUACUAUAAUUCAAUUACUAAUGUAGAUAUUUUGAAAUAAAAUAUAAAAAUAAUAUUUAAUUAAUUAAUUUUAGUAGUAAUGAAUUAUUCAUUUAUUUC